AUGAUCGCAACAGCGUCGUCCGAAGCAUCAUCAGCAAACGAAGGUGGAUCAUCAUCAUCAUUGGAAAUUAAUUUAGACGCCUACGAAGAGUAUCGGAUUCAAUCUUACGAUAUCAAUGGAAAUGAAACUCGUGUUCCAAACUUGGGAGCAGAAGAAAACUUUGCUCGGAUCAUUCAUAGCAAAUUUGAUUUUCUGCCUACUCUCAAACAGCGACAAUUAGAGUCUAUUCGUGUAGAUGAUACUCAAACAUUGCCUCCUCCACAGAUAAGGGCUAUACAAGAUAUGGAAUGGGAAAAAACUGUGUACAAACUUAGAGGAGCAAUACAUGAAAUACAAUAUAUUACCGAUAUUUCUAGGAUGAUGAAGGAAGCUUCCGAAGAACAAGAUAAAAAUGAAUCUAGAGCCCAAUUAAUUGAAACUGUGCACGCUCACAGAUCUUUUAAUGAAGAUUUGAAAACGAGCGAAAAGGCUGGAGAGUUAUUUCCAAGUAGAAUCGAACAACUUGUAAAUACUCAUGGUAUUUUGAAAACUGGGAAAGAUCAACUAAGCAAGAGAGUGACACAAACAGCAUCUUUUUAUCAACAGCUUUUCCAAUUACAAAAAAAGUGGAAAUUGAAGAGCUUUGACACUCAAAGCACUAAUACCAUUAUUUUAGACCUUGCUUUUAAUUUUCCAGCCAUAAAACUGUAUGAAUACAUUCCUGUAAAGAUUAUUAGAAAGAAGAACACAAAUCAGAUUGAUGCCAUCAUUCCUGCAAUUGCUACCUACGGUAAAAGAGUCUUGCUGUCAUCUGUUAUUUUAAAACAUUACCCUGAAACCCUAAAGACUAUUGACCAUGUUCUUGACAGAGCACAGCAAUCUAUAUUCUAUUUAGAAUUAUUUGAUAUGCUUGUAAAUUGUGUGACGUCAAAAACGAAAGCUGAGUUUCCUGUCAUGGAGCUCACAGAGCUAGAGAUUAAGAUACAAAUUUCAGGAAAUUCAGUGUUAGUUGUUUCUUUAGUAGAAUCUCAGACAUCGCCUUUCUGGGAAAUUCAGACAAGGAUGGUAAAUGUUUCACCAUCUGCUUCACAAUAUGUGUCACAUGAAGUUGUUGAUACCCUUCUUCAAGACGCCCUUAUUCAAAUUCAUGAUCUUGUCAGAAACAAUUCUCUAACCUUGGAAAAAUCGACGAUUAUUUUUGAAAAUGUGUUUAAGUACUUGAGGCAUAAAUUACUUUGUGCUCGAAUCGAAACAUGUCUUAGAGAGGAUAUUGACUCUUUCUCGAUUUCUCCAGAAUUGAAUCUAAUUCUCUUCAAGUAUCCUGAAACAUCAAUCUAUGAUAUUCGUAUGCAAAACAACAUCUUCAAGAUUCAUCUCAAGCAAAACCAUAUUUAUUUGCAAUCCAAACGUUUCAAUUCGGUGAAAGAAUUGAUAUGCUAUUUGGAUUUAAUUCAGUAG